AUGCUGAGCCGCCUGAUGAGCGGGAGCAAUCGCAGUCUGGAUCAGGCAUAUGUGUGCACCGUGAGGCUGCUGGACGACUCGGAGUAUACGUGCAACGUGCAGAGGGAUGCAAAGGGUCAGCAUCUGUUUGAUCUAUUGUGCCACCAUCUCAAUCUUUUGGAGAGAGAUUACUUUGGAAUUCGUUAUGUGGAUCCUGACAAACAGCGGCACUGGUUGGAGUUUACAAAGGGAAUUGUCAAACAGUUGAAAGCUCGCCCGCCAUAUAUUCUGUGCUUUCGAGUAAAGUUUUAUCCCCCAGACCCUGCUGCACUGAAAGAAGAAAUCACCAGGUAUAUGGUUUUUCAACAGGUUAAGAGGGAUUUAUACCAUGGCCGUCUGCUCUGUAAGACCUCUGAUGCUGCUCUUCUGGCAGCAUAUAUACUGCAGGCCGAGAUUGGUGAUUAUGACCCUGGCAAACACCCCGAGGGGUACAGCUCUAAGUUCCAAUUCCUACCCAAACAUUCAGAGAAGUUGGAGCGCCGGAUUGCAGAGAUUCACCGGAGUGAACUCAGUGGCCUUUCCCCUGCAGCUUCAGAAUUGUGUUUUCUGAGGAAAGCUCAAACUCUGGAAACGUAUGGAGUGGAUCCUCAUCCAUGUAAGGAUCUCUCUGGAAAUUCUGCCUUUUUAGCCUUUACCCCCUUUGGUUUCAUAGUGUUGCAGGGAAAUAAAAGAAUUCAUUUUAUAAAAUGGAGUGAUGCCCUAAAAAUGAAGUUUGAAGGAAAGACUUUCCAUUUAUAUGUGAGGGAGAAGGAGGAUAAACGCUUAGUACUCACAUUCCUGGCACCAACUCCUGAAGCCUGCAAACACUUAUGGAAGUGUGGGGUGGAGAAUCAAUCCUUCUACAAGCUUGAGAACUCCAACCAGGUCCGCACAGUCUCCAGCAGCAACUUGUUCUUCAAAGGCAGUCGCUUCAGAUACAGUGGUCGAGUUGCUAAAGAAGUUAUGGAAUCCAGUGCCAAGAUCAAGAGAGAACCCCCUGAAAUCCAUAGGUCAGGGAUGGUGCCAAGCCGCAGCUGUCCUUCAAUCAGUCAUGGUCUAAGGCUAAGCAGUGUCCCCCGAACUCGGAGAAGAGCAGUGCACAUCUCAAUCAUGGAAGGCUUGGAAUCUCUACGUGACAGUGCCCACUCCACACCUUUGAGAUACUCUGACCAUGUUGAUGCUUUAUCUCCAAGAGCUUCUCAGGAGACCAUUAUCAGUGAUGAAGCCUACACUCCAUGCUGUAGCAUUCUUCCCACUCCUGUGUUUGAGCCCCACUUGGAGUUGUCACUGGGAGCACAUGUGAAUGGAACACCAUGCAGUGCCCAGGAUGAGCAAAGUGAUCUGUCUGCCUCUAGCAUAUCUGAAAUGGAGAACCCUCCUCCUGCGCUCCCUGGGCCAGAAGGAACCAUUCUGGAAGAAUCACAACCGGAACACGUGAAUACAUUUUUGCAAAGUGUCCUCAGAUUGCUUGCAGUCACAUUCUGCCUUCUCUUAGCAUUGCUUCUGCUGUUCGUUGUACUGGCAGAAUCUGAGUUGGAGUUGGCAUUUUUGAGGGACAUCCGUCUUACUCCAGAAUUCCAGCAGUUUCACUAUCAAUACUUUUGUCCCUUGCGGAGAUGGUUAUCUUGCAAACUACACCCUCUUCUCCGUCUUAUGGACUCCUGAGCCAUACAGGGUAUACAAAGUGACCCUCUUUGACCUUGAGAAGUGACGUCUUCCAGUGUCUUCUCCCCACUGCUCUACUGAUUUGCAAUCCCUUAGUGGCUGACAGGUUAACAGAAAAAAAAUGCAUCUGCAGAAGCUUAUCUACAUACAUUGGAAAUUAAUGGAAAGCAGAAACAGCAGGUGUUGAAGGAGCCUCUGAUAAAUUACAUUAUCUGCAUGGGGGAUCAGAUCUGUUCUGGGGUCACAGCAAGCUCUGUAAUUUUGCUCGUAUCUCUACCCUGUGUGAUCUCCAAACCCCUAGGCUUGUUCAGCUCCAGGUAGAUUAUAGAAAAGGUUUCUCCUCUUUCAGUUUUGAUAGAUGGCUAAGAAAAAGAGGUAACUGGGCACCUAUAGACUUCUACACUGCUGUAGUUGUGUUCACCUAAAGCAGAUGCUGCUCCUCCUAAUGUUUUCAUUUACAUACCUCAUUUUUCUCAUUUAUUGUUAGAGGUGCUCUUUUGCUAAUCAUUUACAAAUUACGUUCACUUUCAAAGGAAGCCUUAUAUCAGAGUUCAUUUUUGUUUACAAAAAUAGUGAUUGCAAUAUUUUCAUGGAGCUGAAGCAGCACAGGGGUGGAAUUACCACAUGUAUGAGUGAACGUGUGUCUAAGGGGUGUUGUAUGAAGAAGACAUUUCACUUUCACAGUGAUCCAAAGACAGAUCAUGUUCAAUUGGUUAUAUACAAAUAUAUUUAUAUAUAUUUUUAUGUAGACAAUUGAGGCAUGCAUGUUCUUUACAUGUGUAUUCUAGUAUUUGGUUAAUUGUUUAUGUACCCUUUUUUUUCUUGUAGAAAAAAGUUGUCCUUUAAGUUUAUAACAUGGAAUGGGCGCAAGGUGUAUGCUUUAAUAAUGCUAGGGUAAGUUCAAUGCUAGAGAUAGUAUUUCUUUUAAUAUCUACAUUUGCGUUUAUGUAUGGGUACUAGAAGUGAUGUGCUAAGAAGUGAGUUGUAAUGGCUCUGAGUUUUGUAUUACAUUGGUGAGAUUCAAGAGAUAUAUAUCUGUUCUUGGGGUAUUAGCAGAGAAAGAGGGAAGGGAGAGAGGUACAGUUUCCAGUAGCCUUCGUAUUAGGCAGUGAGAGGCAGGAGCCCUGUCUGAUGCAUAUUUAGGAAUAUAAUAUUCAUCAGACAUAUAUGUAUAUUAGAUGGGAUGAAGAUAUGUAUCCUACUGGGUAUUAGAUGGUAUAAAGAUAUGUAUCCUGCUGGGUAUUAGAUGGUAUAAAGAUAUGUAUCCUGCUGGGUAUUAGAUGGUAUAAAGAUAUGUAUCCUGCUGGGUAUUAGAUGGUAUAAAGAUAUGUAUCCUGCUGGGUAUUAGAUGGUAUAAAGAUAUGUAUCCUGCUGGGUAUUAGAUGGUAUAAAGAUAUGUAUCCUGCCGGGUAUUAGAUGGUAUAAAGAUAUGUAUCCUGCUGGGUAUUAGAUGGUAUAAAUAUAUGUAUCCUGCUAGGUAUUAGAUGGUAUAAAGAUAUGUAUCCUGCUGGGUAUUAGAUGGUAUAAAGAUAUGUAUCCUGCUGGGUAUUAGAUGGUAUAAAUAUAUGUAUCCUGCUAGGUAUUAGAUGGUAUAAAGAUAUGUAUCCUGCUGGGUAUUAGAUGGUAUAAAGAUAUGUAUCCUGCUGGGUAUUAGAUGGUAUAAAUAUAUGUAUCCUGCUAGGUAUUAGAUGGUAUAAAGAUAUGUAGCCUGCUGUGUAUUACUAGGAUUAAAGAUGUUUCCUGAUGCCUGGGUAUUGCAUGGGAUGAACGCAUGCGCCAUUACAUGGGUAAGUAUGUACCCUGACUUCUGCGUGUUACAUGAGAUGGACAUAUGUGCCCUAAGGUCUAUGUAUUGCAUGAGAUGAAUGCAUGUGCUCUGAGCUCUGUGCAUAACAUGAGAAAGUAUGUGCUGUGAUUUCUGUUUAUUACAUGAGACGAUUGUACUGUAUGUGCCCUGAUGUCUGUGUACUGCAUGAAUAGAACGUAUGUGCCCUGAGGUUUGUGCAUUACAUGAGAAGAGAUUAUGUGAUCUGUUUAUUGAAUGAGAAGAAAGCAGUGGUCAUGAUACAAUAAAGGUAUAUCCCAUGGUCUUUUUGUAUUAGAUACAAUAAAGGUAUGGGCCCUGUUGUUUGUGGAUUAUAUAUGCUAUGUUCCCUGAUGUCUGUGUGUUAUUAUAUUAGAGGUAAGAGUGAGAUUUAUGUUUCUCAUGUGCAGGUGUUAUGCACCGGUGUGUUGGGGAGAGGUGCGUCUUGUCUUGAGGGUGUGAAAGUAAAUUGUCUCUGAUGUUGUCCCCUGGCUGUUUGCUGUUAUUUUGUGCUCUUUAGCUGCAGGCCUUGCUUUGGCCUCUUACAUCUACGAUGGACCUUUUGCCCAUUUAAUUUGGGAAUAUUUUUGCCUCCAAACAUAUUACCUUACUUUUGUAUUGCAGAGACUGUUUUAAGGUUAUAUUUUAAGAAAAUAGUAUUAUUUUGUUAUUAAUAAUACAUUUAGUUUUUUUAAUUGCUUAUUAGAGCCUUUGUUUGUGUACAUGUGUUAUGUAAAUAAAUGAAAAAAUCAUAGUAUAGUUAAAAAUACUGCCAUAGUUCAACAUUGUGGAAUUUCUAAACAUGCCCAAAAUUACAAAAUCAAGAAUGCACUUGGCUGAGAAUAAUAAACAUUUUGUUUACUGACAAACUGAGAAUAACUUGGUGUAAUCUACAUGUUGGUGAAUUUAUGUAUUUAUGUGUUUAGUCUAAUUUCUAGAUUUUAAAAUAACUUAUUAAGAUGAGCAAUGAAAUUAAAGGGAUACUCUAGUGUAAAAAAAAAGCAUUAUUUUUAAAACAAAACAUUAUUUUACGAAGCAUUUAGCUCCCAGCAAAGGGGUUAAAAACGCAAUCAAAGUCACUGUCCUGCAACACCCCAUACAGAUUCAGAUUACGAUGUGAUCCUUAAUUGGACCAUACAUACAAACCAUUGCUUCUGAUUAACUUACUGGUCAUAUCUUUAUUAAUAGCCGCAAAAGCUUAACAGGUAUGUGACUUUGAUUAUAUGUUAAAGCCCUUUGCAGGGGGUUAAAGACAGUAAUAUAAAAUGCUCUAAUAAAAUAUGGCAUUUUUUUUACACUUGUUUGUUCUCAUAAUCUAUUGUCUGUUAUACGUAUUAAUACAUUGACAAAAUAGACAAGGGCAUGUACUGGAAUCUCAUAUUUGGCCAUAAAAGGUGAACACUGUUCUCGGAGAAUGCUGGACAUAGAAUGAUAAGUGACAGGAGUCUCCUUGGUGACAGUUACUGAGCUUACAUAAAGCUUCCCUUUGUGCCUUUAGGCUAAAAGUGUUCACAUGCUGCAUAUAGUUGUGAGCAAGGUUGUUUAACGCUGGCUCAGAGUGUGCCAUAUAUAGCAGCAAUCCUGUCUAUGUCUUGCAGGAGGUGUUGCUAAAAACAUCACAAGCCAUUUUUUUCAUACUGACAGCUCAGAUUUUACAUGAGUUACUGAAAUGGUAUUUUCUGAACAAUGUGUAUGUUUGAUGUGGGUCCCUUUUAAUACGGAGAUACUGAAGUGAUCCUGCUAUCCACGUGCUGUGGGUAAGGCUGGUCUAUAUUCAGACUAUGCAAUAUCUGGGGGUUAAAACUGAUUUGCCUUUAUUUUGUGCACAUAUUGUGCAGCAUAUUUUAAAACUGCUUGGAGGAAGAAUAUUUAGUGUGUAUUGCUCCCUUUAACAAGACACAUAAAAAAGGCAGAGAUAUUCCCUGCAUAAUGAUAUAAGGAAAUAGACACAGGGGGAAAAAAGACACAUAAAUGGAAGGAGCCAUUAUUUAGCCAAACCCUUCCAACGUAUAAUGUAUGUUGUGGAAUUAGGGUGGGGUUUAAGUCCUUGGUUGUCAAUGCACCAAAAGGGACAAAGUAAAUUGUUAUUUUAAGUUAAUUACCUGAAAUAUACAGCUUCAUGAAUAGCAAAGAUACCAUGAGCAAAUCAGACACUUGUGAGUUUAAAUUUAUCUUCUCUUUCUGAUUAAUGACAGGCACAGCUGCUGCUAUAACAAGGGCUCAUAUUAUGGCCAGAAUACAAUAAUAAAAAGCUUAAAGGGAUAUAGUAUUAACAUAUGCUACAGUGUGCAGGACUAAUGCACACAAAUACAGGAUUUGCUUUGCUUUUAAAUCUGAGCUAGGCACUGCUACAUGGCCAGUGCUUAUCUUGGAGCAUAUGCAGAAGCUGAUUGGUGCAUACACUGUGCAAAUGACAGGUCUGUGAGAUUCUCUUUGCUUGGACAUGAACACAGGGAGAUGAUUAUAAUGUAUUCAUGUAUUGUAAUGCAUUUAUAUUGCCAAGUUGCUGAAAACUGUAUGGCAAGUCUGUAAUGUCCCUUUAAGAAAAGUACAUUGGACACAACAGAGAUAAAAAGAAAUCAUAGGGACAUGAAACUCCAAAUGUUACUUUCAUGAUUAAAGGGACAUGAAACCCAAAAAAUUUAUUUCAUGAUUCAGAUAGAGAAUACAAUUUUAAACAACUUUCCAGUUUACUUCUAUUGUUUAAUUUGCUCCUUCUCUUGUUAUCCUAUGUUGAAAGAUUUAUCUAGGUAAGCACAGAAGCAGCAAAGAACCUAGGUUCUCAUUGCUGAUUGGUGGCUGCAUAUAUACACACCCAUGUGUUUAGUUAGAAACCAGUAGUGCAUUGCUGCUCCUUCAACAAAUGAUACAACGAGAAUUAAACAAAUGAGUUGUUUAAAAUUGUAUCCUCUGUCUGAAUCAUAUAAUAAAAUGUUUGGGUUUUAUGUCUCCUUAAGACAGAGCUGAAUUUAAAAAUCAGUUUACUUUUAAUAUCAAUUUGAUUUGUUUUCAUGGUAUUCUUUGUUGAAGAGAUAUUUAGAUAGGUAGUGUGCAUGCUUCUGGAGUAGUACAUGACAGAAAACACUGAUGUCACCUACUGUUCUUACAAAUGUAUAACAGUUAUACAAUUCCUGCCAUAUUCCAGUUACACUUUCCUACUUGCUUUUCAACAAAGGAUACAAAGAGAAUGAAGUACAUUUUAUAAAAAAAAAAAGUAAAUUGAAAAGUUUUUUAUUUUACACAGUCUGAAUCAUGAAAUUGAUUUGGGGGUUUAUGUCCCUUUAAAUAACACCACAAAAUAUAUGUCUUUAGAGUGAAGCUGCUAGGUUUGGCAUAUUAACCAGGAGCUGCAGAAUUUUACACUAUGUCCGUUAAUGAAACACAACAGCAAAAGGAUCUUGCAGGACUGUGUACAAAUUAGCUGGAUUCAUAAAUGUGUCCAAUUGUCUGACUCAACCACUGACCUCAAGUACCCCUAACAGACCAGGUUUUCAUUAUAGCUGAACUAGAGCACAGGUGAAAUAAUCAGCUGAUCAGUAACCACGGUUACUAACCUGCUGUCACCCAUCAGCUGAUGACUUUACCUGUGCUCUAGUGCAGCUAUAAUUAAAACCUGGCUUGUUAGGGGUACUCAAAGACCACAGUUGAGAAACACUGCCCCACAGGACUGCAAACUUACAUUAUAUAAAGUGAAUGAAAGAUACAAACUUAAAGGGAUAGAAAAGUCAAAAUUGAAAUGUGCAUGGCUACAUUUCAAUUUUAAAUUGAGAUUGAAUUUGUGUCAUACAAGCUACUGCUGAAUCUCUGAGGUGUGGUGUUUGAAUGCUGGUGCAUGAGGCACUCACAUCAUACGUGCAUAUGCCGCUGAAAAACAGCAAUAACUUUUACUCAAAACAUUUUUGCUAAAGGAAGUAAAUUGCAAAAAUGUUUCUAUUAUACACUGAAAUGCACCUAUGAACAUUUUAAUUGUGACCCUUCUAUGUCUUUAAAUAAUUCUUUAGCACAAUAUACAGCAUUGUAGAAGUGUCACAUGCCUACAUUUACACACACAUUCAAAUUGUUUACUUGAAAUCCUUUCAGUAAGGACUGGAGCAGACCUCAGCUUCAUCUGGAACCAGUAAGUGACACUGCUUAGAAGGGUAGUGGAGUUGGGAUCAGGGGUGACAUAUAGCCCAGCAAAAAUGCUGUUAUGUACCUUAAUUGUUCAAACAAAAAGAUUGUAUCAUCUAGUUAGUGAAGGGCCGCAUAAAUAUUGUGGCACGGCCCCUCAGUAGUCCAUAGGAUGGAAAAUGAUAAGCUAUUCCCUAAAUAGAUGGUGCUAUUUACUUUUACAUAGUUAUCAUCUACCCAUUGCUACUUUAAAAUACAUAGAUAUGUCCUGCUCAACAUAGAUAAAAAAAAUUACAAGUUAAUUAAAAUUGUUUAACCCCCCCACCCCAAAUUGAAAAUGGUAGUGUUCUGAGACCAACAAAAGCCUUUAGCUGAUUUUCAUGGGAAAAUGUGAGACCCAUGUCUUGUAAGGAGUGUCUAAUUCAAGUCCCCCUGGGGUCACAAACAGUUCCAGAUUUGAGGAUCUCUCCGCUUCAACACCAAGGAGUCAAUCAGAUUCACUCAGAUACAUUUUUAAAGGGACAUUUACUUCUAUUAUCAAAAUAACUUUAUUCCCUUGGUAUCUAUUGUUAAACAGUAUACCUAAGUAUGCUUAGGAGCAUGCAUGUUUCCUGAGCAAUACAUGGCAACAGUCUUUGAAACAAUAGUUGUAACAAUGUUAUACAUUGUUGCAAACACUGCUGCCCCCUAGUGUGUUGUUAAACAAAUUUUUACAGACAGGGACAGAUAUUACACUGGCCUGAAAGGCAAUAAAGCUAACCACUGCUAUUUUGCUCUAGAUAAAAAUAAAGUUACAGUCUGCUGCCUACUCCUCAAAUACAUUAUUAUUACGUAACCUAAAGGGAUAUGGACGUGUUGCAUUAUCUAUAAUGCAUAUGUUCCAGUCCUUGCAUUUACAGCUUUUGCAUAAAAUACAAUUAUAUUACCCAUCUAUAUCUUUGUGGGGUUUUUUCUAAAAAAGGAGGGUGCAUCACCUAAGCCCAUAUGUGGUGCAGAACUAUGCUCCCAAUCCUGCUCCCAGUUAUAGGGAAGACUGAAGCACUGCUACUUAUAUGCAAAAAAAGCCUCAGUUAAUGGCUGUAUUCCCCUCACAAUGCCAAGCAUUCUGAGCAUGGACAGAAGAGUUAGGGCUAGAUUUAUCAAGCCCCUACGGCUGCAAGUUCUCACAAGAACUUGCUCGCCGUGAGUUAUCAAGCAGCGGUCACCAGACCGCUGCUUCCCUAAGCUCUUCGCCACCUCUAAGGUGGCGAAAUUCAAUCUCCUUGGUCAAGUCCGACCAAGGAGAUUGACAGCUCCUGCCCGUGCGUGAUUGGCUGUGCACGGCAGGGGGCGGGAUUGCACGCGAGCGCAAAAUUGCGCUCGUGUGCAAUGUUAAUUACCUGCGGGUAAUUUCGCCCCGCCACAGGCGAGCUGAGGCAUACUGGGGCGCGUACACGUGCCCCUGUACGCCUCAGCUGUGAUAAAUCUAGCCCUUAGUCUUGCAUAUGACAAUGAGAACUACAAGUAGCAUACUUGAUAAGGAACAUACAUUUCUGCAGUCUUGUACUGAUUUAGCAUCAGCUAAAUGUAAAGACUUAAGGGAUAUGUUAACAUUUACUGCAAUUGUUUUUAAAAGGCCAAACAUUUUUUAAUUAUUUUUUUAGGAGAAGCCAAUCAGGACUUGUUAGUAAGUACACAAGGCUUGUCACUGUCAUUUUUUUCAUCAAACCUACAUGGUUUAGAAAAGUUUUGUCCUCUCACUUCUGCUGAGGCCAGUUUGGGAUAAAUACAUAGCAGGAUUUGUAAUUCCAGUUCUCAGAAUUGGAAAACCCAAAUUUUAUAUUAUAAUCGCAAAGUGCUUAAUUUCACUUUAAUGCACAGGGGCAAGGGUACUACCAUCUUUGAUUGACUUUAUUGUUCUGACCUCCUUUUCUGAAAGAAAAAACUGUUAGAAAAGGCUGAAAAAAGUAAUUAUAGAAUAUAUUUAUAACGUGUCUAUAAGUUUACCAUUUUGAAUUUUUGGCUCUGGUUUAAAAAACAAACAAACGUGACACUAAAUUGCCAUUUCAGAGAUUCCACUACUUUCUUCAGAAAAGUGUGAUGCAGGUGGAGAGCAGGAUUACGGCAGAUAGCAAUACUCUUGUUUAGAAGGGUUCGUUUAUUGAUGUUCAUCCUGUGUAUAAAAUCCUAUGCAGUUUCCUUUCUAGAAUUUAAACUAGAAAUGUGUCAUUCAUUCUGGUGCUGAGUUGCUUUGUGACUGUAUCAAUCAUUAGAAAAGCUGCCUUAUAGGGCAAAUGUCAUGGCUGUUUUGGCAUAGAUAAGUUAUGUUAUGUGUUACCUUAAAAUUGCCUGUUUCCUGUUUUGCGCACACAUGCUGCGGUCACGCAUGAGCCAGUAGACCGCAUGAUGUAUCUGCUGAGGAAACAAAUUGCAACUGUGAAUCUUUUAUGUCUCAUACAGAAAAGACGUUAAAAUUACAUGUUCUUGUGCCAAGUCGUUUCCCACAAUUACCCGCCUAGGAAUGUGGAAAAAUGACAUGCAUAGUAGUCCUUAAUUGGGACAAUAUUUUUAAAUAAGAAUAAAGACAUAUCAUAAUA